AUGCCGAAGCCUGCGCGCGCUGAGAUCAGCGCGCCCAGGCUCGCGGACCUCUCCGCGAGCAGCGGCAGCGCUGCCGCUGCUCGCGGAGAGUUGCCGGCAUGCCGAAGCCUGCGCGCGCUGAGAUCAGCGCGCCCAGGCUUCGCGGACCUCUCCGCGAGCAGCGGCAGCGCUGGCGCUGCUCGCGGAGAGUUGCCGGCAUGCCGAAGCCUGCGCGCGCUGAGAUCAGCGCGCCCAGGCUCGCGGACCUCUCCGCGAGCAGCGGCAGCGCUGCCGCUGCUCGCGGAGAGUUGCCGGCAUGCCGAAGCCUGCGCGCGCUGA